GAUAACAACUCCAGUUCCAGAAUUUCCACUCCAAGCUGACAUUGCUUUUCUGUUGGAUGGCUCUGGAAGUGUAUCUGUUGAAGAUUUUAGGAGAAUGAAAGAUUUUGUGAAAGGGUUGAUUAGAUCCUUCCUGGGAAAAGAUACACAGUUUGCCAUCACCCAGUAUUCCAGUUCUACAGUAACACAUUAUUACUUUAAUUCUUUUAAAAAAAACGAGGCUGACUUGGAAACUCAAAUUAACACAAUCCAUCAAUUAUUUAGAGGAACAAACACCGCUGCAGCCAUCAGAGAAGUGGUGGAUGAUGUUUUCUCGCCUCUAAAAGGUUCCAGGUCAAAUGUGAAAAAGAUUUUGAUCAUUAUCACAGAUGGGGAGUCUCAUGAUCACACAAAUUUGCCAAGCGCAAUAAAUUCAGCUGAUAAUAAAAAGAUUGCUCGAUUUGCUAUUGGGGUGGGAGAUGCAUUCUCGACACCCAGAGCAACACAAGAGCUCAGAAUGAUUGCAUCUCAACCUGCUGAAAAUUUUGUGUUUAAAGUGGGAAGUUUUGAUGCUCUUGACAAAAUACGAGACAGCUUGCAGGACAACAUUUUUUCAAUUGAAGGUGGAAUAUCAACUGAGAAAACUGGUCAGAUAACAACUCAGAAAUCAGAGGUGAUAACAACUCCAGUUACAGAAUUUCCACUCCAAGCUGACAUUGCUUUUCUGUUGGAUGGCUCUGGCAGUGUAUCUGGUGAAGAUUUUAGGAGAAUGAAAGAUUUUGUGAAAGGGUUGAUUAGAUCCUUCCUGGGAAAAGAUACACAGUUUGCCAUCACCCAGUAUUCCAGUUCUACAGUAACACAUUAUUACUUUAAUUCUUUUAAAAAAAACGAGGCUGACUUGGAAACUCAAAUUAACACAAUCCAUCAAUUAUUUAGAGGAACAAACACCGCUGCAGCCAUCAGAGAAGUGGUGGAUGACGUCUUUUCACCUCAAAAAGGUUCCAGGUCAAAUGUGAAAAAGAUUUUGAUCGUUAUCACAGAUGGGGAGUCUCAUGAUCACAGAAAUUUGCUAAGCGCAAUAAAUUCAGCUGAUAAUAAAAAGAUUGCUCGAUUUGCUAUUGGGGUGGGAAAUGCAUUCUCAAGCUACAGUGCAACACAAGAGCUCAGAACGAUUGCAUCUCAACCUGCUGAAAAUUUUGUGUUUAAAGUGGGAAGUUUUGAUGCUCUUGACAAAAUACGAGACAGCUUGCAGGACAACAUUUUUUCAAUUGAAGGUGGAAUAUCAACUGAGAAAACUGGUCAGAUAACAACUCAGAAAUCAGAGGUAAUAACAACUCCAGUUACAGAAUUUCCACUCCAAGCUGACAUUGCUUUCCUGUUGGAUGGCUCUGGAAGUGUAUCUAGUGAAGAUUUUAGAAGAAUGAAAGAUUUUGUGAAAGGGCUGAUUAGAUCCUUCCUGGGAAAAGAUACACAGUUUGCCAUUACCCAGUAUUCCCGUUCUACAGUAACACAUUAUUACUUUAAUUCUUUUAAAAAAAACGAGGAUGACUUGGAACCGCAAAUUAAAACAAUCCGUCAAUUAAUGGGAGGAACAUACACCGCUGCAGCCAUCAGAGAAGUGGUGGAUGAUGUCUUCUCGCCUCUAAGAGGUUCCAGGUCAAAUGUGAGAAAGAUUUUGAUCGUUAUCACAGAUGGGGAGUCUCAGGAUCGCAUAAAUUUGCAAAGCGCAAUAAAUUCAGCUAAUAAUAAAAAGAUUGCUCGAUUUGCUAUUGGGGUAAGCUGCAUGUAUUAACUCUUUUUCAACUGCAUGUUGACAUUUAUGCUUUUUGUGUGUUGUAAAAAAAACACAUUGCUGAUUUAACAAUGCAAAAAGCUUUGGUAUUAGAUUUGUUAUUAGAGAUUAACUGUAUUGUUAGACCAUCAUUGGUAAACUGUAAUUGUCAAGGAAGUUGUAAACAUAAAAAUACGAUUCCUUUUA